CCCCAUACCUGCAACCUCCCUCGCUGUUGGACCACUAGCUCACCUUGGGGACACCCCUCGGGUGUGUUAAACUUCUGCCAAGACCACAGUCCACACAGGCUUUCCGGGGACGCACACGGCACAUGCAAGCUGCCGCUGCUGCCAUUGUCCUCUGUUUCCCCAUCGGUGAGAAUACCCAAUAUUUGGUGAGACCAAUCGACGCUGAUCUCCAGCAGGCACCGAGCAAUCACUCACACAGGAACGAGAACUGAAGUGACGACUGCGGCGAGCUAGCUACGACUAGCAGGAGGACGUACGCAAAUGCAAAGCAGAAUGCAGUAGACGCACGGUCUAGUACUCGUAGUAGCAGUCGGGUCCUGUGCAAGGGAGCGAGCCGGGCUCGAUUCAUUCCGAGAGAUCUGACGCUGCUACAGUCGCGACUUGGGCGGAGGGCUACAACUACAAGACAUCGUUCGUCUCUCUCCGUGCCGGCGCGCUCUGCCUCUGCCUGCCUUCCGCUUCCCAAAUUUGCCCGCUUGGUCAGCAGCGGCUACACUAUUGCUGCGGCUUCCGGGGGCUUGCUCAAAAAGAGAUCGAGCUGUUCUACCGGGAGAAGCGCUCAUGGAGAGCUCCCGGGGGAGGCGGAGAUGCAGGUCCGUGCUAAUGGUGGUGGCCUUGUUCUUCUUCUUCGUCGUGGCGGCCAUCUCGCUGUGCUGCGCUCGCUCCUGGGCUUGCAGUGGAAGUGACUGCGGCGGGUGGAGUACUGUGGUGGCCCGUUCAGGCUUCGGGAGACGACCAGCAGCAUCUUGCGCUAAUCAGGAGGACCGUUCAAGAGGCGGCCGGCAAUGGCGGCGGCGGCGGCUGCUGGUGGACGGGCCGGGGUCGUACCCGCCACGGUGCACGUCCAAGUGCGGCAGCUGCAACCCGUGCUACCCGGUGCACGUGGCCGUGCCGCCGGGCGUGCCGGUGACCGCCGAGUACUACCCGGAGGCCUGGCGGUGCAGGUGCGGCAACCGGCUCUACAUGCCAUAGGAGACGCACACGCAAGAUGGCGAUGUUAAACGGCUCCUCCACAUGUUAAUCGAUCUGAGCCGCCGUGAAAGUGAAAGUGAAACCACGGGCGGCGACUGUCGUUCAUCGGCCGUCGCGCGGUUAAGUAACGGAACGGCUGGCCCCGCUGAAUUAUUGCUCUCCGGGCCGGGCUGGGGCGGCAGUGCUGCAUGGGUGGAGCCGGCCUGCUGGGCUGGUGGCAGGGCUCUGUUCUUGUUCCUGAGCGUGUCUCCUCUGUGGCACUGGAAUUUGCACGGCCCUACCACGAGGAGCCCAGGCAUGGGCUUGUACGGCGCGUUCUGGGACGGAGGCGAAGAGGAGGAGAUCCAGCAGCUGAGAUUCCCGCUCCUGCACGUGUCCAGAUCAUCGGUUGACGUGUCUUUUUUUUUUGUAGUACCCUGUCUAUUCUGUUCGGUUUUAGAAUUUUUGAUUUUUUUUCCCUGUCCCCCUUUGUGCUUUCUGGCGACGACGGUCACGGCCACAUGCUAUGCGAUGAUGCGUGUUGCAGCAUGAAUCAUACAGUCGCGAGUCCAGCUUGUUUUGUACAUAUGGAAAUGUGACACACAUGCGUGUUAGUUUCCAGGGUUAUGUUCACGUCA